UCCGUGUACGUCGUGCGCGCGCGCAAAGACGUGUGUGUGUGUGCGUGCGUGCAACGAACUUGUCUGCAGCAGCGUCAGUUGGUGCUCCCGGUAGUUUGAGCGGCGGACACAACCGUCCCGGAAAAUGGCUUCUGAGAACGGGCUGAAUGCCCUAGUGCAGCAGGCAGAGCAGCUCACUGCAGAUAUCACAGAGGCGAGCGGAGAGCUGCCUCACGUGCACAGGAACCUCUACCAAAUACACGAGGCGGGGCAGCGCCUCCUGGAGAAGACGGCCGGUGUCCGGGAUGGGAAAGCCGACGUCAAAGCUGCCAUUCUGCUGGGCUCUAGAGGAUUCGACGUACCAAAACUGUCUCAGAAGUUGGAGUCACUAAAUGCGGCCAAGAGUCUGGAGGCCAUUGAGCCAGUCUGGGAGACUGACAUCGAGGGUUUCCUCAGUAACGAGAGGGAGAACACUCUGCUGGCUGCCAUUGAACAGUCGAGGAAGAAUACGUUUGCAGAGGCAGAGCGGAGCCAGUGGCUGUGCUGUGAGAGGGAGUGGGAGGAGGAGAAGGAGAUGAUACUCAACUCACUCGUGGGGACUGGCCAGGAGCUUGAGCUCACCAGAGACUCUGAGGUCUAUCGCGGCAGUCCUCUCAGUAUGCAUGGUCGCAGUGGACUCGACGCUGUGGCAAUGGCAUAUGCUCGUGAGGUGUUUGUCCGUAAUGAGGCAAAGUUGCAGGGGCUUACCCACUCUCUCAUCACCACAUUCCACCAGGCCAGCAUUGCCUUCCCCAACAAGAGUGUGCAUGACUGCUGGAGUCUGGUGAAGGCUCUGGUUGACAUUCCCAGUCUGCCUCCUGCUGCACACACCCUCCGCUCCUCUCCCUCUCUCCAACUGCCUCUCCUCUCCCAGGCCAGACACCAUCUGGAGCACAGGUACCUUGAGUACAUCAGAGAGAGCGUGCACCAGAGUCUCGCCCAGGCCCAGCUUGGUGGAGUGCCAGGAACUUUCCAGCUGGUCCGCAGCUUCCUCCACCUCAGACAAGCCUCCUCUAUCCCUGGUCUCGAGGAUGGGUGUGUGGAGGGCCAGCCGGUGUGGGCUCUCGCGUUCUACUGCUUGCGCUGUGGAGACAGAGACUGUGCCCUCGCCACCAUCUCCAGAGCCCAGUCUUGUGUGGAGUUCUGUGGCUACCUUAGAGAAUAUGUCCAGAGUCAAGACCUCAGACUGUCCCACUCCUCUGAGACGAGGCUGAGGCUGUUGUACAAGAGGACUGUCCGUACUAGCACUGAUCCAUACAAGAGAGCAGUCUAUUGUCUGGUGGGCAGGUGUGAGGUGGCAGAUAGUCAUCCUGACGUCUGCUCUAAGACUGAAGACUACAUGUGGUUCAAAUUGAGUCAGGUGUCUUGUGAGGCCCCGGACUCUGGCCACGCCCCCUCAGUAGAUGACCUAACUCUGUCGCAACUGCAGGCUACGCUGCUGGAGGAGUUUGGUGAGACCUAUUUCAAUGCCAGUCAAGUGCCCAUGCUCUAUGUCACUGUACUCCUGCUGAGUCAGCAGUUUGAGGCUGCCAUUGAGUUUCUGUCUCGAAUCGAGCAUUUCCAGUCGCAUGCUGUCCACUUUGCCAUUGGACUGCAGGAGUUGGGCCUGCUUCGCCUGACGGAAUCCCCCAGGAGUAGACUGUUGGUGAGGGACAGCGGGGGGGUCCACAGACUCAACUAUGCCCGGUUGGUCAUCAGCUACACUCGCAGGUUCUCUCAGACCGACCCACGAGAGGCACUCCAGUACUUCUUCCUGCUCAAGGGAAUGGAAGGGAGGGACGGGCAUGAUGUCUUCUCUCUCUGCGUGGCUGAGCUGGUCAUGGAGAGCAGAGAGUUUGCCCUCAUCCUCGGUCGCCUCCUGCCAGACGGCUCUCGCAGACCCGGCGCUGUCGACAAGUUCCUGAGAGACACUUCGGAGUUGACGGCAUUCGUGGCAGCUCAGGCUGAGGCCCAGGGUCUAUACGAGGACGCAGUGCGACUCUAUGACCUCUGCAAGGACCACGAGAAAGUGCUGACUCUGCUAAACCAGCUCCUGAGCUCUGUGGCUUCCUCUCCUCCGUCUCCACAGAGCCAGCGAGAUCGUCUGCAGCAGCUUGCCGUCGCCCUUGCCGACAGGUAUAAGGGGUGUGGUCACUCUGCCCCCCACUCGCUGGCCCACAUCUUCUUUGUUCUGCUGGACAUUAUGACAUUCUUUGACCACUACCACCACAAGAGAGAGGAUCAGGCACUUGAGGUGAUUCAGCAACUCAAACUCCUCCCACUUGUUGCUGGGGAAACGGUGGAGCAGAAAGUGGCCUUGUUCCGGACAAUGGAAGACGAGGUGAGACGAUGCCUACCUGACCUUCUCCUGGCAUCAAUGAGUCUCCUCUACUCCCAAUACUGCGGCACCAAUGCUCCUAGUUCAAGACCAGGUCAACAAGAUGGUGGCCAGGAAGCUGUAUGUUCCUUUCUACAACUGAUUUAAUACAUGGAUUGGCAGCACGUUAUGUUGCACUGUAACGAUGUUAGCCAACCUCCGUACAGUGUAUAUACAUACAAACAAGGGGCAGCGAAUAUCACUGAGCUUGUGCAACUCUGCGUAUGGUCUUUGCAUGUGUCAUAAAUAGUGGGUGGUAAAGUCCUAAUGGUGUUACAUUCUCUGGGGCCAAACCAACCAUCCUGGAUACCAGACUGACUGAGAGUUGUUGUAUUGCCUUUGCCUGACAAGUCCUAUCUUUCUCCCUGCAGGUGCGACGGAAACUACGCAGACAGGCUAGAACACUCAUCACAUUUGCAGGGAUGGUCCCCUACCAGUUGCCAGGGGAUACCAAUGCUAGACUGGUGCAGCUGGAGGCCCUCAUGACAUCAUAGACUCUGACUUCUUUCAAACUACCCUCUUGUUCCCUGCUCCAUACUUACUGUAUCAAUUUUCACAGUUUGAAACUGCAAAGUCUUUAUAAUAAUGUCUGGUUUUACAUAAAACAUUGUUGCCUGGUGUGGCACUCCAUUUGUACUCUUGGUUACGCAUGACUUUUUCAACAGAUUUGAGCACGCUGACACCCCC